AUGGUGGACUCUUACCCCAACAAUAAUAAUAACAAUAAUCAAAAAGAAGAAGAAGGAGAAAAUAAUGAUAACCCAGGAGAAUUGAAAGAUAGCACAGAAUAUCUCAUUAAUGAGGAAGAGGAAAGUGUUGAAGAAGAAUUCAAGUCCCCUCUUGUUCAAAAAAAGAGUAGUGUAUCUGAAAUAACUCAUAAUACAAAUAAUAAUAAUAACGAUAACGAUAAUAAUAAUAAUGACAGUCGAGAGGAUAAGAAUACAACCACCAUAAUAGAAAAUAAUAUUACUCCUAUACCAUCUAUUACAACUACCAAUACAAAUGAAAAUGGUAAUAAUGAUGAUGAUAAAGAUAAAGUAGAAAAGAUAGAUACACCUUCUACAAAAAGACUAAAAGCAUCACAGUCAUCACUUGGUAGCAGCAAGAUAAUUCAUUCGGUUGAAAUAUCUAUCAAUGAAUUAAACUCAUUGUCUCAUUCACAUGCUUCCUCUUCUUCUUUAACUGAUUCUACUUCUUCAAAUGAAAUGAAGGAUGUUAAAGGAGAGGAAGGAGAAGGAGAAGGAGAUGAAGAAGAAGAAGAGUAUAAUACAUCUGCACCAUUAUCACCAAUUAUUAAUAUAUCUACAACUCCUGCUGAGAAUAAUGAAAUAACCAAGAAUAAUAAUAACAAUAAUAAUAUUAAUGAUAAUUCUUUAAUAUCUUCUACUACUACAACUACAUCUACUUCCAUAAAUCAAUCAACUCCAAAUAAUAAUGAAGAUACCAAGAAGAAUAAAUCAUCAUCUAAAUUGGAAGAAUUUAAUGAAGAUGAUGAAGAAGAUAACCAAUAUUUGAAUAGAAAUGGAAUAAUAUAUGAACCAAAAUCAACAGCCAUUGAAAUGCAUUAUGAUGAACCAGUUAGAAAGAAAGAUACAUAUGAUGUUGACAAAUAUUUAGAUUAUAGAAAUGAUCAUUUACCAGGUCGUUCAAGUGGUACAACUACACCUGGCGGAGAUAAUAAUGAUAAUGAUAAAGAUGAUGAUACAACAUUUUCAGCAACAAGACAAACGAUUGACCCAGAAUUGGGUAAUAUUAAUGAUGUCUAUGAAGAACAAAGACGUGGACAAGAGGCAAAGAAAAAGAGUCGGUGGGCAUAUUUCAAAUACUUGUACAAAAAGAACGAGUAUCGGUGGGAUAUCAAGAACAACGUUAGGUUCUAUUUGGCUGCACAGUUUAUCACACGUAUUGGUUUUGUAGCCAAAUUCUUUUUAUAUUUAACGUUGGGACUCAUUUCGAUGGUGGCGGCCGUCGACAAGAAGCGUGAUCCAUUGGGUCCAGCUGCAGCUUUUGAAGAGUUGCAAGAGAUGCUCAGUAGUGGUUUCAUCUUCCUUUUGGUUAUUGGACUUUGGUGUUAUGGAUGUUGGGGUGUCUUUUAUGUCAUCUUUGAUAUCGAUCAAUUGGGCCGUGCGUCGGCUGGUGCCAUUCUCAAGAGAUUUGGUCGUAUCUUUUCUUCAGGCUUUUAUUUUGUUUUAGGUGUCAAUGCCAUUCAAGUUUUAUCUCAUACUAGAGGUGAUAAAGAAGGUACUGAACAGAUAUUAACAUUAUUAUACAAAAAUAUAGUUGGUAAAAUUAUAGUUUGUGUAUUGGGUGUAACAUUUUUUGUAGUAUCAAUUGUUUAUUUGUUCUAUUUCAUCGUACCAAACAAAUUCAAGAGAGAAUUGUCAACGGAAAGAAUGACGCGCCCACUAUACUAUACGUCGUUGGGAUUUGCUAGAAUUGGAGCUGUUGGUAGAUCAAUGUUUUUUGGUGCAUUUGGAGGUGUUUUAAUCAAGGCUGUUCAUGACAUUAACCAGGGAGAAGAGGGUGAUACCACUCUUCUUGGUUUCCAAGGUGUAUUUAGAAGCAUUGCCAAAUUCAACUAUACUCUAUUGUUUUUCAUUGCAUCGUUGAUCGUAGUCUACGCCUUUUGGUGUCUAUGGCUUGUAUUCUUUAGAAGACUGCCAGCUCACAAGGAUGCCAAGAUUGCUCGUCAAGUUUUAGGAACAAAGAUCAACCAAAACUUUAUCUUUAAUGGUAUUCUCCUUCGUAUCCAAAGAUCAGGUAGCAUUAAUUUAGAUGAUAUCGUUGAUGAUCCAAAUCUUACAAACAAAACAAAUGAAAUUGCUCUCAAAGAAGAAGAAGAAAUGAAACAUCAAGAAGAAAUGAAUCAUAAUAAUAAUAAUAAUGAACAAAAUCAAUUAUCAAAUUCAUCCAUUUUAACAUCUUCAACAACAACUACGCCAAAUUAA